AGGUGGCGGUCACCUGUCGGUAACCACCAGCUCUCAGGGCGGAUUCUCACAGAGGUGGGCUGAUCUCCGGUCAGUUUCCUGGGAAUCCCGGAGAAAAAGUCCAAAAUGUCCUCGGUACCGCCGCUCGCAGACGGACCCUCAGUAGAAGAUCCUCCUUCAGAGAAUCAGAGGAGACGGAUCUCCGUCCAGCCGACCCAUGGGGUUCAACGCACUGUCCGGGUUGAUGCCAACUGGACUCGAGCACCACUACCCAGUGAUAGCAGGCUGCAGCAGGUUGCUGAUGGAGCCAUCAGAACACCUGAGCUGGAUGACUGUGAGAGGAUGGGAACUCUGUUUGGGAUGACCAACAAGUGUCUGCGUGGUUUAGGCUUCAGCCAGAUGUACUUUGGAGACAGAACAGUGGAGCCUGUUGUGAUCAUCAUCUUCUGGCUGCUGCUCUGGUUCUUGGGUUUCCAGGCUCUGGGACUUGUGGGAACCCUGUGCAUCAUUAUCAUCUACAUCCAAAAGUGAUGUUCAAAGUGAAACUUGAAUUCUUCUGUGCUGAUGCUGUUGGAGGGUUACGGAUACUCUGAGUGGUUUGGUUUCCUCAGAUAAAAUCUUUGCAACACUCAGGUUUUCAAAGGAUGUAUCUCAGUAGGGCUGUAUUUCAGACUCAGCUUCAGACUGGUGCCUUUGGUUUGGGGUUAAAAUUCCAUAAUUGAUGAAAAUAAUCCAGAUUUGAACCCUGACCAGAUUUUACUUGUUCAUCUGCUGAAGCAAGAGUUCUAAUAAAUAUAUUAUGUCUUUAAUGUGUCCAACCCA